CUUUGAUCGGCACGCCUACUCUGUCUCUGUUCUCCUUUUCGGACUCCGCGAGGUACUAGAGAAACUCUCGUGCUUAGUGUCAUGUUUGAUCGUCGACUAUUUACCGUUCAGGUGCUGUAAGAUGCUAUGAUAUGCUGCUCGUGGCCUUGUCGGAAACCACGGCGAUUCGACCUUGAACUUUGACCAAGCAACAUCAGGGAUGAUGCGCCAUCAAUCUUCAGGAGGUACUAGUAUUUGUCCAAUCGCAUGUCCAUCAGAAGCAGGGGUAUCCAGAAUCUGAAUGCAUAUCCUGCCCGCGGCGCUGCUUGAAGUCCGCUCUUCGGCCAUCACUACUCUUCUCGGACUCUUUCCUGCAGAAAGAGCAAAGCAAGCUUUUACCCUAACUAUGGUACAUCCAAUUCGGCCGUGUUUCACAGCUCUAGCGGACAACUGAGUUGGUCAUUCCGUUUGGAACCUUUUCUUUUGACAUGACUCACACACUGGGCAACAAGUAUAAAAAGGUCUGGCCUAGCAGGAGGCCCAGAAAAGUCUCACUCAUACACAAUUAGAUCCUUCGAUAGAAGCGUCGAGUUUGGCUGGUGGGAACCAACCCCCAAUGUUUGCACCAUGCAAACUCGUUGGUUAAACAUGAUGAGUUUCCCGCCGGUAUCCAAAUAGACGCCGACCGAUAUCUCUGAUUCAAACACGGCUUGGUGAACCGCAGAACCUGUUGUGGGCUACAUUGAAGCAGCAGGACUCGCUCGACCUGAAGUUGAUCAAGAGCUGCACAAGCGACUACCGCUUCAACCUCAGCUCUCGAGCGCAUUGUGCUCUCUUGCUGCAGUUAUCUGCUUCAAGUUGUUACAACAAGAGUGACGACUAUGGGAGCCUCUGGAUGGCGGUCACCGACACAAAGCUGGCACCGUCAAUAUCAUCAUUGUGGCGGUCUUGAAAGAACCAUUCGAGCAUGCACACGGCCCCUUGACACCUGGUACAAAGCCAGAACAAUGUUUGAGAGGCGAUUCCUCCGAAAUUUCCUAAGCUACUGACUACCAUGUAUCUCAGCUGUGAGGACGAAACUUAUUUGGCCCGUGAGUACACUGUUGCCAUACAGCAAAAUCCUGGCAGAACCAUCAAGAACAUACUGGGCUUCGCGAGCCUUCCAAGCAGUCGGCAUCCUACUGUUUGUCAUUCUCUGCGAAAUGAAAGGCGCAUUGCUUCAGGUACUGUAUACUGCCUGAGAGCCUUGCCUUGCGUACCAGCAGGUCAGGGCUGGCUUUGCUUUGGGACGAUGUCUUGUGCCUUGAUCCGGGAGAUUGAUACAUGUUCAGUGAAGAUGAAUAAAAGUCGGUCCACAAGAGCAUUUCAGGCGGGCUUCAUUUGGAAGCGGAUUGGGCUGCUCUCCUGUGGAAGACCGCUCGACAGCUGACCUGCUGAGCGGAAAACGGACUGAGCAGCCAAAAGGGGGAGAGGAGGACAGGGCGGCGCAUGAUCUGACAUUAAAGCGGCACGAAUACGCUAUCGAUAAUCACGACCGAGGAAUUCUUAUCAGUCACUGGAAUUGGAACGAGAUACAGGUAUAAGACUUAUCAAAAUCAUUUCAAGCGCGAAUCUCCGUGUUACAGGGAACUCUCUUGUCAAAUUUUCUGCCUAAGUACCUAGGUAUAUGAAAUGCUCGAGGGCAGCUUAAAUAUAUUCCUGCUCUCACAUUAUUGGGCAUCUACCUGAAGGAGGUGUUUAUUCAAAGCAAUGAUGCGGCGAGAGCUGGAUAACGGCCAGGUCGCUGCCUCGCCAUACAACUGGCCUCACGAUGCAUCAUUCAGCAGAGAGACCACGGCCCUUGUGAUUAUCGACAUGCAGCGUGACUUCUGCGAAGUCGGAGGCUACUUCGACUGUCAAGGGUACGAGGUAGACAGCGCUCGAGCUAUUAUCCCGAAACUUCAGAGCAUCCUUACUGCGGCCCGUCGCGCCCAUUUGCCCAUCUUCUUCACUCGAGAAGGCCACAGACCUGAUCUUUCAACAUUGUCAAGUCGAGAACGCUUUCGCUCAAGGAACAAUCCCCACCAUCUGGGCAUUGGGGACAAAGGCCCCUUAGGAAGAUUCCUUGUCCGGGGAGAAGCCGGCCAUGACGUGAUAGCUGAAUUGUAUCCACGUAUUGACGAGCUUGUCAUAGAUAAACCGGGACGAGGAGCGUUCGCUCAUACUGAUUUUGAACAUCUCCUCCGGCUGCGUGGAAUCAAAAACUUGAUUCUGGCUGGUGUCACCACGGAUGUCUGUGUGUCCACCACCAUGAGGGAGGCCAAUGAUCGGGGCUUCGACUGCGUCCUUCUGGAGGAUGCAACUGCUGCAGCGACAGCGGAGCUGCAUCGGUUUGCUUUGGAGUCUGUUAAGAUGGAGGGCGGGAUCUUUGGCGCUGUUGCGCAUUCGACAAAGGUGAUUGAUGCGCUUCAACGGAUCCAGAGAUAGGGAAAGGCUCCAGAAUAUAGCUUCCAUGCGGAUGUGGUCUUGUCCUGGCCUGAUGCAGCACACCACGCCCGGCGUUGGCAGCAUCCCGAAGCAAAAUAUCCGGAUUUGAUGAAUGAUAUGGAUGUAAUCAUUCCCACCUCUCUUGCGAUCACAUUCGUCUGAAGGUAUUGCCGGAAGCACUUCUUCGAUCUUGAUAUCGUCCCGCAUUUUUCGU